AUGGAGCCCAUCGUACAGACGGCGCCGAAGGGAGGCCUCGGCUUGGUCAUGCAGAACCCUUAUCUUUGCGGAGUGGCCUCGUUCUCGACCUUGGGCGGUCUCUUGUUUGGUUAUGACCAAGGCGUGAUCAGUGGUGUGAUCACCAUGGAGUCCUUUGGAGCACGCUUCCCUCGUGUCUUCGUGGACAGCGGAUUCAAGGGAUGGUUUGUCUCGACUUUGUUGCUGGCUGCCUGGGCGGGCUCGCUGGUCAACGGACCCGUUGCCGAUCGCAUUGGACGGAAAUUAUCUAUCAAUGUGGCUGUGGUGAUUUUUGUCAUUGGGUCCGCUAUUCAAUGCGGCGCAGUUGACAUUCCGAUGCUCUUUGUUGGUCGCGCUAUCGCUGGAUUUGGCGUUGGGAUGCUCACCAUGGUUGUUCCCUUGUACAUCUCCGAGGUGUCCAUUCCUGAGAUCCGCGGCGGGCUUGUGGUCGUGCAGCAACUGUCAAUCACGAUUGGUAUUCUACUCAGUUACUGGAUUGACUACGGUACCAACUAUAUCGGAGGAACUCGCUGCGCCCCACACGUUCCUUACACUGGUGGGACAAGUGCAAAACCCCAGUUCGACCCUUACCAGGAUGUACCCGCUGGGGGUUGCACCGGCCAGUCUGAAGCCUCUUGGCGCUUGCCGUUGGCCAUUCAGAUUGUUCCUGCGGUGAUUCUUGGAAUCGGAAUGAUCUUCUUCCCAGAGUCUCCACGAUGGCUCAUGAUGAAAGAGCGAGAUGAUGACUCGUUGAAGGCGCUGUCGAGGCUUCGGCGGCAGGAUCGCAAGUCUCCGACUCUUCAGAACGAGUAUUUGGAGAUUCGGGCAUCUAUCAUGCUUGAGAAUACGUUUGCUCGGGAACACUUUCCCGGACUUUCCGGAUUCCGACUCCAUGCUGCCCAGUAUCUUUCGCUGGUUACCAAUUGGGCGCGUUUCAAGCGCUUGGCUAUUGGAUGUUGCACCAUGUUCUUCCAACAGUUUAUGGGAUGUAACGCAAUGAUCUACUAUGCACCCACGAUCUUUGGACAGCUCGGUCUCAGUGGUAACACCACUUCACUCCUGGCGACCGGAGUCUAUGGCAUUGUCAACUGCUUGAGUACUCUCCCAGCAUUAUUCUUCAUUGAUCGCGUUGGCCGCCGGGUGCUACUCAUGGCUGGCGCUACUGGUACCUGCAUCUCCCUUGUUAUCGUCGGUGGCAUCCUGGGGGGUUAUGGAAACCGCUUGAUGGAUCACAAGUCCGCCGGCUGGGCUGGAAUCGCCUUUAUCUACAUCUACGAUAUCAAUUUCUCUUACUCCUUUGCUCCCAUCGGCUGGGUCCUUCCAUCCGAGAUCUUUAACCUGUCCAUUCGAUCCAAGGCAAUCUCCAUUACCACCUCCGCAACCUGGAUGUGCAACUUCAUCAUUGGUCUCGUCACUCCAGAUAUGCUUGAUUCCAUCACAUGGGGCACUUAUAUCUUCUUCGCUGCCUUUUGCCUGUUGGCGCUUGCGUUUACAUUCUUCUGCAUCCCCGAGACCAAGGGAAAGACACUUGAGGAUAUGGAUCUGAUCUUUGGUGACACUGCCGCACACGAGGAGAAGGAGCGCAUCAAGCACAUUGAAGCUGAGCUCCGAGGCGAGGAUCGCGAGGAUCUCAAGCCUGACAACACACAUGCAGAAAUUGUCAAUGUGUAG